GGUACGAUAUGUUGUAUGUACUUUCCGGUUAUGGACUUCUGGGAACGGAGCGUGAAGUCUGCAUACGUCAAAUGAUGUCAUGAGCUGCAGAAAGUAUGCUUUACGAUGCGUAUGAUCGAAAAUGAUCGAUGCUGAUGAGCCGUUUAACAUAGUAACCAAAGUACAGUUGAGUGGAAUUUUGUUAAAAAAAUCUUUUUCUCCCCAUUCCAACAAAUGGAACAAAAGGUUUUUUAUGGUGAAAGAAGGAUUCCUGCUCUAUUACUCAGAAAAUGAAAAGAAGUCCUUUGACAAAAGAGGCUACUUCAACAUUCAUCCAAAGGGUGUGUUACCAAUUGGAGGAUGUAUAAUUCAACCAUCAUCUGACUUCGGCCAGGAGUAUAUCAUCAAAAUUGGUAGUGAUAGCUUCAUAAAUGGCCCAGUAAUAUUGGCAACAGAAACUCAGUUUGACCAAGAACGAUGGAUUCAAGGUUUGCAAGAGGCAGCUCGUAUAACAUGGGAGAAUUCACGAAUGGGAGAAUCCAUCAUUCGGGACUUAGAAUCUCAGGGCCUAAAACUGAACAAAGAAAAGCAGUCUUAUGUGGAGAAGUUACAUGAGGAGACAAUUGCAUUACAGGAUGAAAUAGAUAGAAAUGAGGAAUUAGAGAAAUUGAACCUAAUCCUUGAUGAAGAAAAAUGCAGACUUCAGGAUACCAUUGCAGAAUUUAAAAAGGAGCACGAAGCUAUGAAGAGAGAAUAUGAAGAAACCAUAUCAGCAUUGCGAUUAGUACAGCAGGACAAAGAAGCUUUGGAACAAACCACAAGUGAUUUGAUGAAAAAUCUUGCUGAUUUAGAAGAAGAAAAACUGAGAAUCCAUGAGCAUCUGAACAGGAAAGAGACAAAUUGUCAUGGAGAAGAGAAAGCAACAGAAAAGUUACAUGAAGAUUUACAAGAUAUUGAGGAAGAGACAAGAUGCCUGUUGGAGGAAAAGACUGAAAUUGAAAUAAGGUAUCAAGAAAAUGAAUUACGAGCAAAGUUAUUGGAGGAAGAAAAACAGCUAAUUUCAGAAGAAUCGUCAAAACUUCUAUCCUCACUGAAUGAUCUGCUAACACAAAAGGAUCUUCCAGAGUCAGAUUUGUUGUUAGAAAUGUCUGCUCGUAUAGAUGCUGAAAAACAGUUAAAACUUGCUCAAGAUUCUGUUUACAAGCUUGAAGGAGCUCUUGAGACAGAAAUUAACCCUUUAGAGUUGCGCACAAAAAUUUUGCCUGAUGUGAAAAAGUUGCGACAAUUUUUUGAACAUGUUGCUGAGGAAGCAAAGAUAGAUGCAAACAUGCCAGUCAUAAUGAAGAACGCUGUUUAUGCUCGUAAGAAAUUAGCUAAGAAAGCAAGAUCACAGGUGAUAGAGCAGUCACGUCAGGAAAAAGCGAAAACUUUAGGGCUCAACUUUGAAGACUCUCCAUCUGCUGAUCAACCCCUCAGAAGAUCACUGUCAAUAAUGAUUUCUAAAAAUAGUUUAAAGCCACAGCUCACAAGAUCAAAAUCACUAAGAAUGAAUAAUGGCUAUUUCAGAAAUUCAACCAGCUCAGAUGGACAAGAAGAAGAUUCUUUAUCAAGGCCCAAAGCAGAUGGUAUUACUUAGACAUGAGAAAAGUGAUUAACUGUGCUGCAUUUUAUUUUCUCUUUUGUUGCUACUUCACCAGAGAGAGAGAGAGAGCAAUUGUGUAAAUAUAGCUACAAAGAUUUAUGAUGAAGAUCUGUUAAUUUUAUUUUUGUGUAUUCUGGAACUUUUUAUUUUAGUUUGUUAUUCCAUGUCUUUGGUUGGUACUUAGUAGAUAUUAGGAAGAAUGUGAGGCAUGUUCAGACUAUAAAAAUAACAAAUUGCAGAUGGUGAAAUUGCAAUCCUAUAGUGAUUUGCUAACUUAAUGCCAUUUUUGACAUCUCAGUGUUGGGUAUCUUAUAAUGUUUCUAUUCUAAACUGUUAAAUACAUGAGCAUAGUUUACCACAAGUUGAGGACACUGUUUUAUUCAUGCUUACCUUCUUGUUAUCUUUAUUACUGUCAGGCAAGUUCAAGCAUUUAGUGAAGGUAUGAAAUAUUAGUGAUGGUUUCUCAUGCCUUUACUCGCAACCAUCACCAACAUAUUGAUGCACACUUUCUGUGUGGGUUCGACUGGAAGUAACUUCAUUGUUUCCUUUCUGACCUAGAUCAAGCCACUCCACGUCUAGGAUUUAUAUUGGAUGUCCAUGUCUUUUAUAUUCUUUGGCAUUCAGCCCUUACCCAGUAUUUUCUUUUGUCUCUUCUUUUGUAGUUUCUAUAGUACAUUUCAUCAAAAAUAUUAAUGAUCCACAGUACAAAGGUUAAUACAUUCUACGUGCUUCUCUAUAACUAUGUGAGCAUUUUGCCUGAACACAAGUGCUCCACUAGAAGUAUUACCCUUUCACAUCAUAUUUAAAAGUUAAUUCUGCUGAUACAUUCCAUUAUGGCUGUGUUGUAGACUUUUCUUUGUGAGAAUUUAUUUAUCAGUUUUAUGAAAUAUUUUGUAAAGAUGUAUGUGCAUAGGCUUACAUGACCUAAGUCAGUUUUGAUAAAAUUCUUCUAUGUUGUUUAUUAUGUAAUUUUGUAAAGUAAAUCUACAUUUUGACAACUAUUGCAAGUGGCCUUUAAGUUGUCCUUACAUACUCCAAUGAAGGCCUCUUGCAGUUGUGAUUGAAAAAUUAAUUUUCCUUCCAGUGUGAUAUGAUCUACAACCUGAAAGAAUAUGAUGCAAACUAUGUAUCUCAAGUUGAAAAGUGGGAACAUCAUAUAAAUCUAAGCCUGUUUCUGACAACAAUAAUUAAUUGUUCCUCAUAAAAUAACUUUCAUCUGUACCAUUAUAUUGCAGCCAUGUUUCAUGGGUCUUUUGUUGCCUUCAAAUUAUUGUAAAACAUUCUUUUCCAUGUGAAUCUGUAUGUAAAUGUGAUAACUCAUUUAUUUCAUGACAAAAAUGUUUUAAACAAUGCUAAAACAAUAAUUUUAAGAAAUUAAGAAUUUGGGAGAUUAUAUACUUUGCAUUUCCAUAAAAAGAUAAAUGUAAAGAGUUUUAGAAUACUCCAGUAUUGGUCAUCUGAAAUUAUAAUAUUAAAAAGACAAUUUAUAUAAAACAGCCUGUGAUAUAAGUGUGUGUCUUUAGAUCCAUCAUUGAAUUAUGAAAUGUUUAAUCUUUGUGAAUGAUGUAGAGCAGCUAUUUUUGUAGUUGUUAAUAUUUUUUAUGUUUAAGUAUGUUACAUGUGCUUUAAAUGGUUCUCAGAGGAUAUAUGAUGAAUGAAGCUAUCAUCCUUUGGGCAUCUAAAGUUUUGAAUAUUUAUGUGAAUGCAGGAUUAUGAAAAGAAUCAAAUUGUGUCUGAGAGGUAUGUAACAAUUUAAUGCCACAGGAAAUAUAUUGAAAUUUAUAGAAAUGACAUGAUGGAUAAUAAUAUUGUAAAGUACUGAUAUUUUCAACAAGACUGAAAAAAAUUAUCUGUUUCUACAUUCCAGUCAAAAAUAUCAGGAAAAAAUUAACCCUCUGAAUUGUAGUAUUCAUAACUUGCACAUUCAGUUGACUUUACUUUUGUAUGCAGACACAAACUUCUAAAACACUGCAAUAAUAAUCCUAAUGUUGUUAUAUUAACUAGAUGCAGAGAAAAAUUGUUACUGUGGUUUCCUGACACUUCACUUCAUUGCUGGAACAAAGUUGUGAGCAGCAUACAGUGUCUGGCAGCCAUGUGAGCUAUUUGUGGUGGAGUGAUUUUGUUGCAGUAUUUUAUGAGCUUAUAAUUAACAGUCUUUAUAAAUAAAAAAUAAAAUGUUACAAGGACCUACAUAUGUUACUUUGAGAGCUAGUUGAAAAGAGGGGAAAUUAAGAAAAAACUGUUGCGAGGUGACAGAGGAAAGGAAAAAUUGCUCAGGAUAUGUAUCAAGAGGCACAUAAUACACUCAAAGGGGGAUAAUAUUGAUACAGGUUGCUAGUGAAAGAAAUUUGGAUGUCAAAGAUGGAAGGCAAAAAACAUUUAUGGAUAAAUAAUUGUGAUGAAAUUUUUAUUAUAUUGUUAUAAUGUGUUAGUCUGUACUUUACUUUCCAUUGUGAUGAAAAUAUAUAAUACAGUAUGUGAACUGAAGAUAAAUAUGUGUUGAGUAUGAUGAAAGAAUACAUGAAUGGAGAUUAAAUGUUUACACCUAACAUUCUAUUGUUAUUUUUGUGCUAAAGCUGUUGACCAUAAUGUUUUGAAGCCUUUCUCAUAGUACUGUGAUUCAAAACUACGCUAGAAGAACAUAGCUGCCAUGCCCUAUCAUGAUUUAGUUUCUUAUUUGAACAUUCCUAUUUAGUACUAUUUUUCUGUUAUCUUCUCCAUGUAGUCAAAUGAAAACCUACAUUUACUACCUCUACAUCCUUAUUAUGGUUCCUAUCACCCACAUGUUGCGUUUCUCAUCACGCUUCUGUGUUUUUUUACUCUUCCCACUUUUCUUUGAAGAGGAGGUUAUAUCUUUAUACUAAUGGAGUGUUGCAUGGAGAAUUUGAAAUUUUCAGCUGUUUCCCACUCUGGUGGUGUUGAUUAGGGAAAUGGGAUCUAAGAUUUGCUAUUUUCUACUUAGCAGUAUUGUAAUUUAUCUCUAGACCCAUGUGAUAAGACAUGGAAUUGUUUUAACAUUCAUUUUGAUAUAAUGAAUACAAAACAAAACAUAAAAACUGAGAUCAGAUCAACAAAUUUGGCACCACGGAGAUAAGUGCCCUUGUUUUUGGUUUUAGCUGUUUACUGUUUACGUAAGUUAACAAUUAGGCAGUACUUGUCAAAUUUUGUCACCGAUAUUUUGCCUCUGAUAAUUGUAGAACUCUAUGGCUCUUUCAAUGUUGGAGUAAUCACAGAAGACAGCGUUGGUUGCUCCAUUUUGUCUGAUUCACAUACAAAGUAAGAAAAAAUGACUGACUGCCCUAUACUGGUCCGUGUAUGAGUGGUGUGAUAGGAUGUGUUUCUCUUGAAAAUAAAAUCUGAGCUUUUCAUCUUUUUUAUAUAGAGAAAUAAAUCAAUUACACUGAUAGGCUUUGUACUGUGCUGUAAUUAACAAAUGACUUGAAACAGUUGUUUGCAAUAACUUUCUUUGUGCCUUCAGUGAUAGAGUUCCAUAUAUAAUUAAAGUGCUAAGAAUUGUGAUGUAUUUUACCAUAUUGUCAAACAGUUGAUCUUUUUCAAAAACUGAUUGACUAUUGCUAUGUGUGAUAUAUUCUGUAAUGGAAGGCUGGUAUGGAAGGCUGGUACCUCUCAGCUCUCGAUCUGUUAUUGGUUAUUCAUAGAUUCAGAUUAUCAUGGGGUUCACUGUUACUUGUUACAAGAAGUAUAUAAUAAUGUACACUAUAAGAGCAUAAAACAUUACAAUAAAAUGCAAUGUUAAAAUUUUUUGUAACAGUUAUGGAAUAUGGUUUGAAAUAAUUGCGUAUAAUAUAUUAUUAAUAAAUCUCUUACUACAGUAUGAAAAGACACAUUGACAUCACACCUUUUUAUUUUAACGUUGUACCACAUAAUUUCUGCACUUUCUGUGAAGAUUACUGUCAUGAGUUCUCAGCUGAAGGGUAAAUUCCACAUUAAGAUCAGAUAAACUGCUUUGUUUUUUUCACACAUUUGGAUCUAUCAGUGAUGGUAGGUUUAGACGUUUAGGGAAUUAUACAGAAUUUGUAGUGUAAUGUUAAAUAUAUACGUUACAAUUUUCAGUUAUUGUACUUGUAUAAUUUUUUAGAAUAAUGCAUAGUUCUGAAAUAGUUUCUUCAAUAUUAAUAUGAAAUGCAUGUACUCUUAAGUACUAUCAGAUUAUGUGGUCCACUGCAGGAGCUCUGAACCAUUUCACUCACUGUUCAGUCUACAUGUAUAGCUCAGUAAUGUAGUUUUACAUUUACCGUAAUUUGAAAAUGUGGCCGUUUCAUUUCACCAUGUUCAUAAAAAUUAAUUCCUGUGAAAAAAAUACUAUUUCAUUUGUAAAAUACAGUAAGUUUUGUGAAA